AAGAUGCAAAAAUCACGAAAAAUGGAGGCCGAGGGUGAAUACAUUGCUUUUAUCUAAGCCUUCAUCUCUGCAGCAAAAUGGGUAAUCAGUUAGUGGGCAUCGCGCCCAGCCAAAUAUUUCCAGUAGAACACUAUCUGACGGAUCACAGCGAUUUAUUGUUCGAUGUAAACUUAGGAAGUACUAGAUUUUUCAAAGUGGCUCGAGCUCGUAGCCAGGAAGGCCUGAUAGUUGUAAAAGUGUUUGCGAUUCAUGAUCCAACAUUGCCAUUAUCCGCCUAUAAGGACAAGUUGGAGGAGAUUAGAUCAAAACUAGCAUCAGCUGUCAACUGCCUACCAUUUCAGCGAAUGAUUCUCACAGAAAAAGCAGGCUCAAUAAUGCGGGAAUAUGUCAAAUAUUCUCUUUAUGACAGGAUCAGCACUAGGCCAUUCUUAACGAGCAUUGAAAAAAAAUGGAUCACUUUCCAAGUAUUAUAUGCUCUUCAUCAAGCUCAUAAGUUUGGGGUUUGUCACGGUGACAUAAAACUGGAAAAUAUUAUGAUAACCAGCUGGAACUGGGUAUUACUUACAGAUUUUGCUAGCUUUAAACCAACUUAUUUACCAGAAGAUAAUCCUGCUGAUUUCUCAUAUUUCUUUGAUACCUCUAGAAGAAGAACAUGUUACAUAGCACCCGAACGAUUUGUAAAAACAUUGUCUUCGGAAUUGAGUAACACAUUGUUGUUACCGGAACAGGAGGUAAAAACUGGCGAUUUGCAUCCUAUGAUGGAUAUCUUUUCUGCAGGCUGUGCUUUAACGGAAUUGUACAAUGAAGGUCAUCCACCAUUCGAUUUUUCACAACUUUUGGCAUACAGGAACAACGAAUAUUCUGUGAGCAAACAUUUGGAUAGUAUAGAUGACACGGGAAUACGAGAAUUGCUUGGGUCAAUGUUGGAGAGAAAUCCAGCGAACAGAAAUAGCGCGGAGAUUUAUCUGGCUCAAGCUCGCGGCACAAUUUUUCCGGAAUAUUUUUAUUCCUUCCUACAGUCGUAUAUGCUCAUCUUUUCCGCCGCUCCGAUUUUAUCUCCGGACGAGAAAAUAACUAGAUUAAAGAAGGACAUUGGAAACAUUAUAAAUAUAUUAAAGACGGAAGAAAACGAAGGAAUGAAAAUAAGCGGAACGAAACCUGUAGAAAACGCGAAAUCUAGCCAAUGUGAGAGUAACGUGGAAUCGAUUAAGGACGAUUCCGGCCACAGCGAGGAAAAUACGAUGGUCGAAGUAGACAGCGAUCAGAGCUCCGACAAGACCGAUUUGAAUCAAAUUGACAUGAAGAGCACGGUGCAAGAUGUUGGCAGUGACAUGCAAGUGGAAGUGGAGCCGGAGGUGAAAUCGUCCGAGGAUCAAACGUGUGACGCAGAAUCCAGAAAACCAGUUUCCGCCUCGAUUGAAAUUUUAGAAGGUCUCGUUAUUAUUACUCAACUUGUCACAUCUUGCAUAAGAGGUCUGCACCAUUCGCAAUCCAAAUUGCACAGCUUAGAAAUAUUGCUAGAGCUAGCUGAGAAUGUUUCUGACGAGACGAUUCUCGAUAGGAUAUUACCUUACAUCUUCCAUUUGGUUCACGAUCCGGCACCGCGAGUGAGAGUAUCGGCGAUACACACUCUGACAAAGUGUUUACAUCUUGUGAAAUCGAUACCAUCUUCGGACGUGAACAUAUUUCCCGAAUACAUUCUGCCAGGUUUAGCACAUAUAACUCAAGACGACGCAGUUAUCGUCAGGGCAGCUUACGCGGAGAAUAUCGCACAUUUGGCGCAUAUCGCUCUGCGUUAUCUAGAGAACGCACAUCUGUCCAACUUGGGCAACAAAGAGGGACCAAAGCCGAGUUAUGAUAGCGAGCUGCAAACGUUGCACGAAAUGGUUCAACAAUCGGUGUCUAUGUUGUUGACGGACCCUCACAAUUUAGUGAAACAGACUUUGAUGGAAAAUGGAAUAAAUAAAUUAUGCGUGUUCUUCGGCAAGCAGAAAGCUAACGAUAUUUUGCUCAGUCACGUUAUUACCUUUUUGAACGACAAGGAGGACAAAGAAUUGAGAGGUUCCUUCUUUGAAUGUAUCGUCGGUGUGGCCGCGUAUGUCGGUUGGCAUAGCAGUCCCAUACUAAUGCCGCUCCUACAGCAGGGUCUGUCCGAUCCUGAAGAAUUCGUGACUACGAAAGCCAUAAAUGCUAUGGCAACGCUUACGGAGUUAGGCUUGCUGCACAAAUCUGCUCUCUAUCAGCUGUUAUCAGAAACUAUGGUCUUCCUGGUUCAUCCAAAUCUAUGGAUACGGCAUGCAACCGUCGGCUUUAUAUCUGCAGCAGCGAGAACUCUAAAUGUGGUGGAUGUUCAGUGUAAAGUUCAGACGAUGCUUCAACCGUACUUGAAGCACUCGUUAAUUCAGAUAGAAAAGGAGAUUUUAUUACUAGAGGCUCUCGUUCCUCCCAUAUCCAGAAUAGUGUACGACUCCGUGGUGAAAUAUAACGAUGUGGAAGAGUUGUUCCAAGUGCUCGAACAGAGGCAGGCAGCUAGAGCGAAAGCCAGAACGGGCGUGGUAUCGCCACAAUACAACGAUAUGAGUACUUCUUUACGAAAUCUUUUCAGGCGAUUGAGCUCGGAGUCGAUGACGGAAGCGGUUGAGAAUCAGUUGCUGAUCAUGAAGCCGCACUUGAUGAAGAUCAAUAAGUACCGUAAUUCCGCGGACACGAAGCAGAACGCCGUCAAGCCCGCGGACGGUAAGCUGGAGUUAAGUCCGAUAAAGGAUCGAAUAAGACAUCACGUCGUCAUGUUGUAUCCCGACACCAAAGGAGACUUAGCUCUGCCACCUUUCAAGAGGUUAGACCGAAGAACGUCGGAGACUGUUGGCACGUACGCAACGAUGAAUCAAGAAUGGCGCACGAUGUUUGCAGCUCAAGACAGCGCCCAGCAUGCUAUCGUCAAAAUGUCGGACAUGACUGGAAGCAGCGGCAGUCCUAGUCAAAGCAUACACAGCGGGGACAUACAUUUAUCACCACAUCAUUGUCUGUCGGAUAUGGCCAGCAUAAAUUCCCUCAUGAACGAUCAUUCGCUCCACGAACGAUCUUACAUACAAUAUAGGUGCGCGCCCUGUCGAUUGGAGGUGCGGCAGCUGACGUGCCGGAAGCAGGAGCAGCACGCAGCGGUAUUGAGAGCGAAGCGUUGGGCCAACAACGUCGCCUGUGAAGCUGGCUCCACAUCACUGCCGAAGGACUGGAGGCCCCGUGGAGUUCCGGUCGCGCAUCUUCACGAGCACAGAGCUGCAGUGAAUAGAUUGGUUUCGAUACCGGAUACCAACUUAUUUGCGAGCAGUUCCUCGGACGGAUGCAUCAAAAUCUGGGACGCCAGCAAGAUGGAGGGACGAAAUAUUGCUAAUCGUUCUAGACAGACAUACAUGCAUAGAGGAGGUCCGCUGAUUGGUUUGACCGCGUGCGACCAAGGGCAGUCUUUAGCGAGUUCCGCGAGUACAUCCGGAACGGUAUUCGUACUUCGGAUCGAGCCGAACUCUAGUAAAAUGAGUCUGAUUGGCACUCGUCAGUUGGAUCUCCAGGAAGAAGGAUGCGCUGUCGACAUUCAAUAUUUGGACUCCGGCUCGCAAUCUGUUCUCGUGUACGCCUCGUUGUACGGAUCGCUGGUAGGCUGGGACUUGCGGUGUCCCGGCACAACGUGGCGUCUGGAGAACGACUUGAAGCACGGAGUCAUCACGUCGUUCUGCGUAAACAGUCAUCAGCAGUGGUUGACUCUUGGCACAAGUUCGGGCAUGCACAUCUGUUGGGACUUGAGAUUUCAGCUACCGAUAACGGCCAUCAAGCAUCCGACAGGCGCCAGAGUGCGAAAGGUGAUCACGCAUCCGACGGAGCAUUCAUGGAUCAUCUCGGCGGUGCAAGGCAACAACGAGAUUUCCAUGUGGAAUCUGGAGACGAAUCAUCGACAAAUGGUUCUGUGGGCGUCGAGCGCGCCGCCGUUGAGUCGCGCGCAGGUCGGCGACAGCGUAUGGGCUAUGUACGCCGGGUGCAUCGAUUGCUCGGGUUUCCUUCUGGCCGGCGGUACCGAUAUGCGAUUGCGCUUCUGGGAUUUCAGCAGGCCCACCGCGUCUUACAUCGCCCUGCCUGCCGCCAACGACGUUCUCACGCCGAAUUCAUUGGCAUACGAUUUACGAUUGAUCGACGGAACGAACGUCGUGCAGGAGGUGUUGGUGGACGAGGAUUCUAACCCGUCGUCCGGAAGUGACAUGAGAGGAAGAAACUUGGAGGAGAGCGGCCCCGAGACUCCCCCCUCCGGCCAGCACGACACGAUCUCCGCUGUUGCUAUGUCGAACAUGUGCGUCCUCACCGGCAGCACGGAUGGCCUGAUACAAGUCUGGAAAUGAUUGUUCUCCUCACUCGAGCGACGAGGUUUUAUCACUCUGCAAUGCGGAAUUUCUUUUCUGUAAUAACGAAAACCGUUGUGAUCCAAGUAAGAAAUAAGUUAUUUUGAAAUGGUCCAGGCGCAAACUCGAUAGCGCCGGGCAGAAUUUAUAGUCUAUCUCAAUAUCUAAUUUAUUCAGGGGACAGGCGGAGGAAUUGUUACAGCGAUGUGAAUGCGAUACCGCGAUAUUUCAUUUUCGCAAGAUUACUAAUCAUUUUUUUUAACAACUUCAUGAUUUCAUAUAUUAAAAGUCCUGAGAAUAGCGCAUUCACAUCGCACACUGUUCAAAUGAACUAUACAAGUCAAAUCUAUUUAUUUUGACUUAUAUAAUUUAAUAGGAAUUAAAUUCCAAAAUACAAUUUUUUAUAGGUACAAGAAAUAUAAAUCGAUUGUUUCAAUUAAUAAUUAUUAUUUCAAUUCAAGUUAUAUUUAUGUUGUUCAGUUUUCUUGAAUGACGUUAGGAGCUCUCGCUUUUUUCUUGAACCACAAACAUCGACGUACGCACGACGCCGUGCUGUACUAAUUCUGUGAUCCCGGACUGUACAUAGAGCAUGUAAUAUACGCGAUAUUUAACGAUUACCGAUGGUUGCGUCAUGGAGGCGUGCAUUUUUCUUAAGAAAAUCCAAAUUCACAUUAUCGUGUAAUAGUGUAUAUAGUUUAUUUUUGUACGUAAAAGAAGAGAGAGCUUCAGAGUAUUACCGAUGUAUUAGACAAAUGUAAUAGUUUUGGAAUUGUUGAUUCUGUAAAAUAGACAUCUGUCUAAUACGCAAAUCGAUAGACAGGCCUUCGAGAUAUCUGAGUAUCCGCGGAUGCUUAGCGGGUUCAUAAGCGCACCGUAAAUCUAAAAAGAGAAGUUACGCAAACCACGAAGUAACUUUGCAGCACAGUAGAACGUUUUUGCAAUCAUAAAGUGUUCAAGAAAAUGAUUCAUAAACUUCAUUUUCACGGACUAACUGUACCUCGAACAAUUUUCCUUUACUCUGAUGCCAAGUUGCUCUCAGCUAAGUUUUAUAGGUUUUUCUUUUUCUUUUUUUUUUUUUAAAUUUAACAUGGGUGCGAGUAUGGACUGAGAAAUGAGGCAUGCAAGAUUCGUGUACGAGCGAUGUGACACAUAGACAAUUAUUUCCUCGCUUUGUACUUUAUAUGGCGUACAGUAGUAGCUGCAGUGUAAUCGCGAGUAUUUAUGUAUAUUAGUUGCUAUAAAAUAUUCUCACACAUACACACUGAUACACACAUGUACAUGAAAGAACACAUAUGAUCAUACAUCAAACACUGACUGAAAUACUCAUAAUCAGUGAACGUAUAUCGUCGACAGCUACGUUGUUACAAUAAAUUCAUAUUUUUAACGCA